CAUGGCUUCGUUAUUUCCAACAGUAUUAUUACCUCUGGGAUUGUCUAUUAAUAACACGUGAGAAUGCAUUAUGCGGUCAAACCUACAUAUGCAUUCCUCUAAACAUGUCUCUCGUGUGUCAUCUUAGUGAUAACAUAUGCAUUAAUUCGAAGGAGUUUAUUUAAUAGUUAAACGGAAGUUAAAUGGGCCUGUAGACCAAGGAUUAUCCCAUUUGAAUAAAAAAAAAACUUUUGAUUUACUACUAGGAUAUCACAAUUCAUGUGUGUAAAGAAUUAAAACAGUUAAAUAUCAACUUUAUAAUCAAUUCAUAUGGAUAGAUUUAAACAUGGAAACUGCAAUCGAAGUUUCAUCCGUUGAAUAAUAACAGUAAUAAUCAACGUACUUCUAACCGAAACACGCUAUAACAAUAAACACCAUGGACCAUGUACAUUUGUGUAUAUUUCUCACAUUAAUUAUUGGAUAUCUACGCGAUACAAUUACGCUUGGUUGCAAUUCCCGGCUGUUGGCAGACCGUGCUAUGGUUCCAGAUACUUCAUUUCAGCAUUCUAGUGCUGCAACAAUACAGCAUGGAGCAUCAGCUGCUCGUGAAGACCCAAACGAUCUCAGCCUUCAAGAACGCGCUUGGUGCCCAGAUGCUAAAGUUGGAACAGAACUUCGUGAAUUCAUGGAAAUUGAUCUAGGUCGCCAGAGUAUUAUCAAACUGAUUAUAACUAAAGGUCGUGUAGCUCAAAGCAAAGGCAGACAGACAACACCUUAUUUCUAUGUAAAAUAUCGUCGUGAAUUGACUAGUACAUGGUUUGAUUAUGAAAAAGAAAAUGGAACUAAGCGCUUAGCUGGGAAUCAAGACGCUAUGACAGAAAAUUUCAAUACAAUGGAUCCGCCAUUUGUAGCACGUUAUGUGCGUAUUUAUCCAUUCAGCUUGGAGCCAACAAAAACGUGUUUAAAGUUAGAGUUAUUAGGCUGUGAAGCGAGUGGAAUCGUAGAGUACAAAGCGCCUGAAGGAGCACUAUUGCCAGAAACUAUUUCUCCAAGUCAUCAGAUAUACAGAAACAAUCCUUCUAAUGAACGUACUCGCCUGUUGGAUACAACAUAUGAUUUGAAAUCACAUAAAUUUCGCAUUUUUGAUAGUAUUCAUAAGGAUUUUAGUGAUGAGAAAACAUUUCAAACAAUCAUAGAAGGUGGAUUAGGCAAGUUAACAGAUAAUGAUACGGAGUUCAAAGCAAUCACAAGUCCCUUCUCAAGUCACAAAUUUGUUGGAUGGCGAAGAAAGUUGACAGAAAAACCAUUGAGCACUAAUACUCCAUCAACCGAAUCACUUGCAGAUUCAGUGACCUCAAAUUAUAAUACAGAAAUGGAAUCAGAUUUUGUUCGUAUCAUUUUUCGAUUUGAUAUGAUUUAUAACUUCUCUUCAAUAUGGUUAUAUGUUUCCAAUGACUUUUUAGUUGGUGUAACUGUACCACGAAAUAUUACAGUUGGAUUUAGUUUUCAAGAUCCAUCACUUUAUUAUUAUUCUUAUGGAAAUCGUAAUCAAAAGAGAAGCAGUCAGCAAAAGGAACAUUAUCAGAAUCCGUGGUCAUCAUCUUUAGUUUAUCAAAUAACUCCGGAUAAACAGAAUACUGACUCACGUUGGAUUACCCUGCCAAUACAUGAGAUACUUGAAACAAACUAUGCAGUACAAUCUGUUACAAAACACAUGCCAAGUAGUGUACGGCAACUGUCAAGUGAUAAAAAUGAGUCAAAAGAAAUAAAUGUAUUUGGAUUAGGAGAGUUUGUCGAGUUGAGAAUAUUUUUUAAUAGUCAGUGGUUAGCUGUGGGAGAAAUUCUGUUUGAAAAUUCUCAAAUGCCCAAUCUGAAAUUCAAACCUGAAGAUACAAAUCCACAUGAAGGUAUUCGUUCAGAACCUGGUGGUACAACAACAGGUCUUCCAUACUUGUUAAAUGAACAUUCAUCCACUUUGAAUUUUCCCCUAGGACAAACAACAACUUAUGUGCUUGCAAUAAUCUGUAGCCUCCUAGUAAUACUUAUCUGUUGUGGAUUAUUUUGUUUAUUCUGUGUUUGGGGAAGAGAGCGUCUACGAGUACCAUUUCGUCAUAAAUUUAACAGGAAAAACAAGAGAUUUAGUGAUUCUACUCAGUUUGAUUCUAAUCCAAGUGUAAAUAAAUCAAGUGCUCAGAAUACUUCUUUGCUUGCAGAUCAGUCCAAAAAUAGCAAUACUUUAAAUAAUAUAGUUGUAACUACAACUACUACUAGUAAUGUAUCUGGUGAUAUGCAAUACCAGUUCCAACAUCCACAAAGGUGUCAAGAUGUUAACAUGGGACUACCUAGUACAACAGCAUAUCUAGGUGGAUUUCAACUUCUGACUUCCAAUGGAGUAUCUCCGAUAAGUAUUAACUUGACAACGAAUACUAUUCAUCAGCCAUUUCAACAAGUCGGAAUGGAAAACAAUUAUUCAACUCAUCCAAGUUUACAAAAUGGUAUUUUCAGUCCAUCGCCUAAUGAAGUUAAUGCUAAUUUACUGCCAACAAGUAUUCCCGGUAUGAAUAAGUAUGAUCCAAAUAAUUCAAUAUCUUUUGUACCUAUCGUGACGCCUAGUUUCAUUCCUGGUGGCUCUGUAUCAUCGAAUCUUCAAGGAACCUAUCUUUCAACAGAAGAGAAUAUUUUAAAAAAUAUCAAUUAUGGAAAAACAUGUCAUGAAAAUUCAAUCUAUACUAGUUUACCUGGAUCAGACUGUGAUUCUCAACCGUAUGCAAAAGUUGACACAAUUAAUGGAUCAGUUAUACGACAAUACAACUCCAACAAUUCAAGUAUUGAUCCAUCCAAAAUGAACAUUUCUUUUAAUCAUUGUAAUGGAUUAAGUCGACUAUAUAAUCCACUUCAUUUACCUCCACCUCCAAGUCUUCCAUUACCUCCAACUCCUGAACACUUUACUUCAGGCGUUCAAACAAUGAAUUUAAGGCAUAAAAAUGAAUUUAACCAUGAUUUCAACUCUACAAGAAAAAGUGUUAACAGUGCAUUUUAUCAGUACAAUUCAGAACUGAAUAAGUCUAAUCCAAAUGAUGAUAUUCCUGCAUGGUUAGACUCAAAGAGUCAACUGAUCACAACAGCCAAUCCUUUGUUUGAUACCAGUUUAAUGUUAGAUCAAAUGAAUAUGAAUAAUAUCAAUAGUAUUCAAACGUGUUCAGGUAUUCAAAACUCUGAUUAUUCUAAUUCAACAACUAAUGAAUCUAACACUUACAGUGCUUAUUAUGGCACACCCAACAUGCUUCCUAUUUCAGUUCCCACAGUUCAGAUGAUUUCAAUCAAACGCUAAAAAGAAACGUUGAGCACAAAUCAAUUAUUUCAGCAGAAGCAUAAUUUUAUAUCUUAUUUCAAAAGAAACAGAAGAUGCUUUGAUAAACUUAACUGAACCUUUAUGUUCAUUUAAUUAAACUGUCGUCUGCAGUGGAAGUUUAUCGGAAUAAUGAAAUUCAACCCGUUGUUUGUUUUGCAAAUUCAUGGUUGUUUCAUUUCGUUAACCUUUAUUAGUUUUGUUUUCCACUUACUACUGAUUUUACUCAGUAGUACUUUGCGAAGACAUUUUACCUCUAGUUCUUUCCUUUAUAUAUAGGCCCCAAAUGUAUUCAUAAUUCCAAAUCAGAAAUAAACCUUCAUAAUCAUUGUGUAACUACACUGUAUUUUUUACGUGGCAUAUUUAUUUCCUUCUUAAAUUUCUAUCAGUAUCAUUAAAAUCAAUAUUGGCUGUGAACGUUUCCAGUCUGUUUACCUAUUGUACUUAUAAACCCUUGAUCACAGUGCACCGAAUUCUUUCCUUGUUUUCGAUGUAAUUAUUUUAAUUUUCAAAAAAAAACUUUGGAUAUUGUUGUUAGAUAGUCUUCAUGUCUGUACAAUUGUUUUUUGUCAAAAAUGUAUCAAAAUGUAAUGAGGUAAUCCACAUUUUUACUUUAAAUCAGCAACUUUCAUACUUCAUACCUUUAUCUGCCGAUGUAUUCCAUUACACACGCAUACAGAUACACAAACACACACACACGUCUUUACAGACACUUACAUUUUCCAAAAAUAAUUACUAAUGAAGAAGACAAACAUCACCUCAUGUACAGUUAAAUGGUAUUAAUGAAACACAGUUGAAUUCACUUAUAUAUGUGUUUCAAAAUAUAAUACUAUUAUUAAUGUAGGAGAUUUAUGUAAACUUAUGUUUUGUUUAUAGAUUUUUGUGGCUGACAAUUUUUUCCUGAUGUUUCCUUGUCCAUGAGUUUUUGUUUGUUUGUUUGUUUAGAAAUUAUCUUUUCGUUGCGUUUUACAAUUUGUUUUUUUUCUGGAAUAAACAAUGAUAUUAAAA